ACUGCUAUGUUGCGAGAUGCCGUGGGGAGAACUUUUCGACUUCUUGGGUACACCAUUCAGUACGGGUGCAUAGCUCAUUGUGCCUUUGAAUAUCUUGGUGGAAUUGUUGUGUGCUCAGGACCUUCAAUGGAGCCUACAAUUCAUAAUUCGGAUAUUGUGUUUUCAGAGAAUCUCAGCUGCCAUUUUUAUUCCAUUCAGAAAGGUGAUAUCAUCAUUGCAAAAAACCCAAGUGACCCAAAAUCAAAUAUCUGUAAAAGGGUAAUUGGCUUGGAAGGAGAUAAAGUCUGUACAAACAGUCCUUCAGAUUUUGUUAAGAUUCACAGUUAUGUACCUAAAGGACAUGUUUGGUUAGAAGGUGAUAAUCUCAGAAAUUCUACCGACUCCAGGUGUUACGGUCCUGUUCCAUAUGGGCUGAUAAAAGGACGUAUUUGCUUUAAGCUAUGGCCUCUGACUGAUUUUGGAUUCCUGCGUGCAAGUCCCAAUAGCCACAGGAUUUGUAAGGACUGAAUGAAUUAUACCCAUCUGAGUUCUCCUACAGCCCUAAAAAAAACCCUCAAUAAAGAUAUUUUUAUAUACAAUAAAAAACUGUGUGA